GAGGAAACAAACCAAAUGAAGCUAAAUGAAAAACAACAGGAGCAUUCGUGUAGAACUAAGACGAGCUUUCGUGUGGUAUUCCCCAGACAAGCUCGCAGACUCCUCAAAUUGCAUUCAUAUCUUGGCUCCACAUCCACAACAUAAUGAUUUUGGCUGAAAUGAACUGUACUAGGGGCUUUGUGAGAAGCGCGCAUUAGGUUUUAUGACAACUGCAUUUGAUGCGGUGCCUUUGCGUUCUAGUGUGAAAGCACCAAACAACUCACUUUGAAUUUAUUUAUUGUCCGCAAGUCAAAAGGACGAAUACGAAAUGACGAACAUGCUACCCCUAGAGGAUGCGUCGAACGUGCCAAAAAUAGAAUAUGCUAGCGUCGAAAUCGACCUGGAGUGCAGUAUUUGUUACGGGAAUCCCGUUUCACGAGGCCCGGAGGACGAAAUGCCAAAUCCCGUCUUGACAAGCUGCUGCCGUCAAACUUUUUGCGAGGAGUGCAUCAGUUAUUGGCGAUCGAAACCAAAUCCGCAUGGAGAGAGCGCGAACACGUGUCCAACGUGCAGGGCCAGAGACUGGACCUGGCAUCCCAAUCUUGAUGUGAAGAUGCAUUGCAGCCUCUGUUUAUCCACGUUCCUUCGAGCUGAAGCGGAGCACCAUCUGAGAACUUGUCCGGCGGUUCGCGGCAAAUGUGUUCAUUUUGGACGGGGCUGCGACUGGGUGGGAACGCGUGAUGAGUUUCUGUCGCAUCAAGCGGGUUGCGCCUUUUCCGACGAGGGUGGCAAAGCGGCUGCGCGAAAGAUCAUCGAGGAGGACGCCGAUCACACGAAGAAGAUCAAGAAGUUGGAAUCACUGUUGACGGGGUCCGAUGUCGCAGCGGGGAUAGUGGGCAACAAAAAUCACUAUCACUAUUUUUCCCCGUUUCCGACAGUUUCGCCGGUUACUUUGUUUGGAGAAGCGAAAGCGCUUGACGUGUGUCUCUUGCCGGACGAAGCGGAGCGACUGGUGGAAUUAGCCAGGAAGCAACGGCGCGACGAACCGAGUCCACCAGAAGUCCAGCGCGAACAUAAUCCGGCAGUGCUGCGCCAGCGUGUUAUCGCCAAUAGGCGAAAGCGCCGGGGUAUUGCCGACUGCGCGCCGGUCGUUCCGGGUCUUUCGGGGAACCAGGCAAAAAUGCGCGUCAGACGGCCUGCGCGGUCAGCUCUGAAGUGGGGCGCACCACCGGCGGAAGAGGAGCCUAGUUUUCCGUCGCAUGUCCCUGUUUUUGAUCGGGCAAUGGUUUUGUUUUUGCGAACCUUACGGGACGGCCCAGGAAGAGUGAUGUGGUUCCAGCGCUGGGAACUGCGACUGGUAUGCGAGAUAGUUGAGGCUUGUAGUAUUCCCCUGAAACACGAGCCAGUGCUUCUCGAACCUGCGUAUUCGUCGCUCUUUUCGCAGGCCCUCUCGAAUUUCGUCGUGAACGCGGCGGACUUUCCGGUCCGGCCCCCCAAGGUCCCAUCGGUGGACACGAAAUUGGUGAAGAUGGUCUCGGCGUGCGAAGUUUACUGUUCGUGGUACCUGUUUGAACAGAAUCUCGUGGCGCAGCUUUCGGCAAAAUUAAUCAACCGCAGCGUCGCGACACACUCUCCGGAUCUUGAGGUAGAGACACUACCCAAGGUGAUUCAGGAAGCAGCCGGACACAUUCGCGGAAAGGACAACGAAGUGCUACACGAACACCAAAUGAAGACUCUUGACGACACAUUUUUCACUGCAGCGCGGCUAUUUCCAGUCCCCGCCUCUAACGAGAGCAUCGUCUCCUUGAUGCCCGAUUCACUGCUGUUAGCAAACAAUUUUUCCUGCAAGGAGACGAAGAUUUCCUGUACCGACUCCUCCAGAGGAGUGAAACAACUGGCCGACGACCUUUCAACGCGCAGCCAAGAGUCGGACAAUCGGGACGCUCUCCUAGAGAUUGGUACAGAGCCGAUGAAGGCUGCCCUGAUGAAGUACGCACUAGCACUUGGCGCGCGACGCGUGUUUCUGAAAAUUUUUCCAGCCCAGUCCAGCACGAACGCCGUGACGGAGAGAACAAUUUUUUUGCCCGAUGCGCUCUUUCUGGUGCGGCUGCGGCACUACCUGUCGCCGGCUGCUUGCGGUUUCUGGCUAGAUACCGGUGAUGAUGAUGCAACGAUCUGCUGCAAGAUGCAGACCGCCUUGGAAGACUCCCUCCCACAAAUGGACUUUCGAGGAAAAUGUGUGUAUUUUACCGUGAAUACGAACACUGACAUCGAGCCGGUGUACCUCAACAACGUGAAAACCGCAUUGGAUAUGUUAAGCCAAGCGAAAACAGCCAAGAGGGUGCGCGUUUCCUUGAGUGGUGUUUGA